AUGUCUCGAAUCCCUUACCUACGGUCUCUGCUCAGCGGAAAGCAUCAUGUCACCGUAUUUCAACUGCACAAGAAGUACGGGCCGAUUGUCCGCAUUGCACCGAAUGAGCUUGCUUUCAGUGAUGCCGAGGCCUGGAGGGAUAUCAUGGGACACAAGAACAAUGCCGAAGAGUUUCCCAAGUAUCGUCCCCUCUAUCGACCAGGCCGAGCUGUACUCACGCCACAGGACAUAAUAUACUCAGGCCGGGACGAACACGCCGCAUUGCGGCGGCAGCUAUCUCACGGGUUCUCUGACAAGGCCAUGAGAGCCCAGGAGCCCCGUAUCCUGCAAUUUGUCGACCUCCUCAUCAAACGGCUACACCAGUGGAACAAUAAUGGCAAGAGCCCCAUUCGCAUGGACUCGUGGUACAAUUUCACCACAUUUGAUAUCAUUGGUGAUUUAGCCUUUGGAGACUCCUUCAACUGUCUGGAAUCCUCCGACUACCACGAAUGGGUCAAGUGUAUUUUUGAGCUGAGUCGUCUGGGAGUCUAUUUCCAGGUGGAAGAUUAUUAUCCCUUGAUGAAGCGCAUCGUCAACCGAAUGCUUCCGAACCGGGCGCUUGAGAGGCAAAGCUUCCACAACACGGUCAACAAGGCCAAGUUGCAGAAAAGAAUAGAAGGUGGUGAUCGGGAUGAUCUGAUAGAAGGGCUCCUGAAAAAGAAGGAUGAGUGGAACCUGUCGAUGGAGCAGUUAGAGUCGAAUUCCACACUGCUCGUUAUUGCAGGAUCUGAGACGACGGCCACAGUCCUCUCUGGUGUCACGUACCUGCUCGCAUCCAAUCCUCACACCCUUGAGCGCUUGACCGAUGAGGUUCGAUCGACGUUUGACAGUGAAGACGAGAUUACCAUCGAAUCCGCCAGCCGACUUCGUUAUAUGCUGGCUUGUUUAGACGAGACGCUGCGAAUCUAUCCACCCGUGGCAACCUCGCUUCCAAGAAUUACUCCAGAAAAGGGUGGAAUUGUUGCUGGGACAUUCUUUCCCCGAGGUACUGUCGUAGGCGUCCACCAUUGGGCUGUAUAUCACAUGGAAGAGCACUUCAAGGAUCCCUUCAACUUCCAUCCGGAACGAUUUUUGGGGGACCCAAAGUUUGCCAACGACAACCGAAAGAUCUUGCAGCCAUUCCACGUCGGGCCGCGAAAUUGUAUUGGCAGGAAUUUGGCAUACGCCGAGAUGCGACUGAUCCUCGCGCGUGUAGUAUAUAAUUUCGACAUGAAACUUGCGUCCGAGAGUUCUGGGUGGCUGAACCAACGAGCCUUUACGCUGUGGGAGAAGAAUCCCUUGAUGGUGUACCUCACUCCCAGAACUGACAAGGAGAAGUCGGCACUGUGA